GAUGGUAAUGGCAUUGAGAUAGUGGGGCUGCAAACUGCUGCAUUCCCCCUUAGCUAGUGUUUUCUUUCUCAUUAAUAACUUUUUCUACUUUGGCUGAGAUUGCGUGAUCAUAUGUCUCCCAGCUUUAUGUUUGAAAUGUGGAAUGACGGCUGCAUGAUUUUUUAACCUGCUUUACCUCUUCUGGUCUAUUUUGGAGGUUACAGUGUUAACUGGCAAGAAAAGUGCUGAGUCAGAUGUGCAAGGAUGCUGGCAGUUUGCAGAUGAAAGAGAUGCCGCAUCAUCAGGACAUAUGGAUGUGAGCCCUGCUGCAGUUUGCUGGUACCAAAGUCCUUGCUUACCGCAUUUACAUUUACGUUCAAAUGCAAAGCUUAAGGGAAAAUGGGAAGGGAAAGAGACGCUGAGAGGUGAAGUGUAUCCCAAUACAGGAGAAGGUGGUACUUAGUUUAGGAGAAAAAGACCUGAAACUGACUUUCAAACUGGAAAAGAUUGGGAUAGAGAAGUUCAAGAGGAGGAAAAGUAUUUCAGCUACAAGGGUUUUUUUUGUUUGUUUUUUUGUGUCAGGAGCAACCGGAGUUGCUUCUGGAGUAAGCUUCUGGAGUAGCUACAAGGGGCAUCCUAAUUCAUGGGCCAUUGAGGGUUUUCAUCAACUAAAGAAAGGAUACCACUUGAGAUGCAUUUGGGGAUCCCAGUCUGCAAAAAAACCAAAUUUGUGGUCAUCUAGGAGAAACGUAUUUGAGGAAACAUACCAAUCCAGUUGGUGAAGAUCACUCUAUAUCUGGGGAAGAGAGUGAGCAUUUCUCUUGACAGCUCAAGAUGGCCUCUGUGCGAGAGGUCUCCAGCUUCACAGAGGACCUGCUCUGCCCCAUCUGCCUCUCCAUCUUUCGGGACCCUCACAUGCUGGAGUGUGGCCACAGCUUCUGUGCUUCCUGCUUGGAGCCCUGCAUCCCCAAGGGCCAGAGGCGUGGGCUUUGCCCCGAAUGUCGGCGCCCAUUUGCCUUGCGCCAUAUGGCCAUCAACCGAGCCCUGUGCAGCCUAGCAGAGAAAGCACGGCUUCUCAAACUGGAUGAAGGGCCCCAACUGGGUGCCACUGGAGGCUGGUAUUUCUGUGAGGAACAUGAGGAGCCCCUCAAACUCUUCUGCAGCCAAGAUGAAGGGCCUGUUUGUGUCAUCUGUCGGGACUUGCCUCAACACCGUGGACAUGACUUCCUGCCCAUCAAAAAUGCAGUUCAGGCUUAUCAGGACCAACUAAAGGCAUCUCUAGAGCCCUUGGAGGAAGGUCUCAGGCGUCUGAAAAUGAGCCAGUGUCGCCAGCAAGAGAACAUUAUAGAAUUAAAGACCUGCUCUGAAUCUUUGUCUGACCAUGUGUCUGGAGAAUUUGUGAAGAUGCACCAGCUGCUAAAUGACAGAGAGUUGGGUUUAAAGGAGGCCCUGGAGAACCAGCGAGAGAAGAAUCUGACCCAAAUGGAAACCAAAUUGAAGGAACUGAAUGAGAAAGUGGCUUCUUGGUCAGAAACCCUCUAUCAAGUGCGGGCAGGACUUCAAUGCAAGGACCACAUCAGUUUCCUUAAGGAAGCAAAGGACUUGCUGGAGAGGGUCCGUAAGGAACAACGAUCCCAAGGUGAAGAAGAAGAGGAAAUAGAGGCAGAGAUGAUGGAAGAAGGUUUGGGGGCCAGCAGUGAAGAUACAGAUGAGUGUGAGAAUGAGGCAGAGGAAGGUGGGCUGAGAGUUGAUGAAGACGUUGAUGAGGAGGAAGAGGAGGAGGAAGAAGAAGAGGAGGAGGAAGAGGAUGAAGAGGUGGAGGAGCAAGAGAGAACAGCAGAAAAAGAGGAAGAGGAAGAUGGAGUGGUGCCUGUAGAUUUGAACCUGGGCGAGUUCAAAGGUCCUCUGCAGUUCUUUGCCUGGAAAGAGCUCUUGGGUGCAGUGCAUCCAGUCCCAGCCUGCAUCACCUUGGACUGCAACUCUGCUCAUCCCAGCCUGGUCCUUGUGGAGGAAGCAACUGGGGUCAAGUUCAGCCCAGGCAGACGUUUCUGGCGGCGAAAACCAGAACGCUUCACCGCCAGCCCUUGUGUGGUGGGUCGGAAGGGCUUCACUUCGGGGCGCUUCUAUUGGGAGAUACGGGUCGGGGACAGCACGGGGUGGGUGGUGGGGGCGGCUAAGAAGUCUGUGAAACGCAAGAGGCGCCUGAAUUUCCAGCCCAAGGAAGGUGUGUGGGCUAUUGAGCUGAGGGCGGGACAGUACCAAGCCUUGAGUGAGCCCCGCACUCCUCUCUCAGUCUGCGGGAGGAUGGAUAAGGUUGGGGUCUACUUGGAUUGUGAAGGGGGGCAACUCUCUUUCUACAACAGCAGCAGCAUGAACCAUCUCUACACCUUCCAAGAAUCAUUCCAUGAGGAGCUACUUCCCUUUCUCAGCACCCAAGGGAACCAUCCCCUCUCGGUUUGGGACCUGGAGCUCUGAGCCCUAGUUUCAGAUGGUAGGGUUUGAAAGAGAAAAUAUUAGUUGAGGAUAGGAAACAAUCUUCAUUGUAGGGAUAAUAUAUUCUGAAAUAAUGCCCAAAUUAAAGUUAUUUUAAGCACUUCUGACAUUUUUUCCUGAUUUGCAUCCACCUACAUAAAAUCAUUGUUGUCAGUUUAUCUCUCCCCACCCACUACUACACAAUUAUCUGUAAUUAUAAGGAGUUUUCUGACCCGAUUUGCUAAAUUUUGACUGAAUGGCUAUUCUUUCGUCUUUAAAAGCAACGUCACAAGCACAAAUUUAAACUGGUGGAGAUGCUACUGCAUUUCUUCAAUUCCAAGGCAUUUAAGGGUAGCCAAGUGCCAGACCAUUCACUGCUAUGAUGAUGAUGAUGAUGAUGACGAUGAUGAUGAUGAUCAUCAUCAUUUAUAUCCUACCAUUCUCUCAAUAGUGACUCAAGGUAGCUAAUAAUAACAUGACGCAACCCAUCCCCCCAAUAUAUACAUCUCUAAAAACAGGAUACUUUUUAGAAUUGUGGGUGCUUUCUCAUAUGUAUAAAUAAAACUCUUUUUGGUGGUAGUCCAUCUUACAAUCAAUUAGAAUUCAAGAACACUAUAGGAAUAUUUAGGCCCCCUAACAUGACUCUAUUGGAAGCUAACCAUAGAAUUAACCUGGAAGACCUAGUGAUUUCCAGACAAAACAAAUCAGCAAAAGUCAAAUCCACAAAUGUGGAGGGCUGACUACUAUAGUUUUAUUAUUAUAGAAUACUAGUGGUUGCACAUAAUUCUUCCCAGUAAUAACACACACAGAAAGAUAUACACAAACACACAUAAACACCAACCAAUAACUACUUUUCAAUUCAUUGCUCCUUGCUAGCUGUUCCACUUGCCUGAAAUUUUCACAUCUGAUUCCCUUGUGUACUCU